UAGAGCUGUAACAAGUAGUCAAUCAAUGGAUCAGUUGUCAAAUAUUAAGUUAAUCGCCAACUGUUCUGAUAAUCAAAUUGUAUUGUCAUUUUUUAAAGAAAAAGAGUCAAAAUUCAAUUUAUAAAAUCUUUAGAAAAUUGUGAAAAAGUCUAAAUGGCAACCUUCUGAAGAGUUUCCUUCCUCUGUAUAACAUUUGUUGUCUUUUAGCAUAUGUUCUAUGCUAUGUUCUAUCUAUCUGUAUAUAUAACAAUUUUCUGAAGCACAAGGUGAUAAUCAGUGAAUUACUUGUUUUGUCCAACACCUUCAAUAGAACAAAGCCAUGUUAUUAGUGACACCUGUGCUUUUCCUACUGUGAUAAGUUGGGGUGUGUGCUGUGAAAAAUGCCCAGUUAGAAGCUGGGACUUUGGAAUGUGUGGUAUUUUUGUUUCUAUCAAUCGAAACAGUUGCACAUUAUGUAUUUGUCUUCUUCUCUCUCUGCUUAUCAACUGAAGCAAAGACUAGCUCUGAUAUUGGCUGACCAGAGGGUCACCUGUGGCUCAUUAGAGAGUGGUGUUUGGUCUCGCAGUGAGCUGUGAGUUCUUCUCUGGGGCUGUCUUUCUCUCUCUCUCUCUUUCUAUGUUUAUCUACCCUUCCGGCCACCCAGACUAAAAAUUUGGCCCACAUCAGCUUCCAACCAAACAAGUUUUUAGACUACACAGUUUGCACCCUUGACAGGUUGUUUUGCCCUCUCCUUAAGAGAUGAUCACAAACAGCCCCCCAGAAUCCUUGGACUGCUUCUGCUUAUCGCUGUUACAUUUUUGUGCAAACUUAAAAAUGAGUUAUAUGAAUCAGCUCUGGAAGAAGCCUAAACUUAGUUAGACUUAACUGCAGUUUGUGUGACUAAUGCCAAAUAACAUGUGGCAUUAUGUAACCACAAGUUGCAUAAGGUCAUGAUGUAGGCCUACUAAGUUGAUUCUCAUAUACUGUACCACUGAAUUAAACAUGAACAUCCCAGGCUUCAGACAUUAUGUAGUUAAUCUCUGUUAGUCACACUCCAUAAUAGAUGUCAUUGUGCCAGCUCCCCCUUGUGAGUGAAUUGAGAUGCUGUGCAUAGUUGAGGUCAGGUUGCAGUUUGCUGGCUCUGUUGUUUUUGCACAGCCCACCAAAGCACCCACGAAAAGCUAGGAGGUCCUGGAUCACCAGAGGAAGCCAGUGGCAUGUACUUCUACCCUUCUGGUUCUCAGGAUGUAGGAUGGGCUGAUCAAUAGGACCGCCUGCCUCGGGUCUAGACUCAACUAGCCGCUUUGGACUGUACCUCAAAGGAGAGGCUUGGAUUUCUUGGGAAACUUUUCCUUCUUGUACACUGUGAGCGGCCCAUCAGCCAGCCAAGUGCAGCGCUCUGUAAUUAUGGAUGCCUGUGCCCGUAUUAGAGGAGUUCCAAUAAGGUCCAGGGCCUCAGUCCGGAAAGAGACCGUGCGUGACAGUGGGGCGCAGUGUGUGAAGAGCCUCUUCAGGAAUAAAAAGGAGCUAUGCAGCAUUGGCCUGGAGCUGCCAACCAGAGACUCCACAAGACUGACAGAGAUUCAUUUUGUGUGUCUGCCUGGUCAAUGUGAAGGAGAAGAUGUCACCCAACAGGCUCUGUCAUCUCUGUCAGGAGGGCUGUGUGAGCUUCUCAGGUCCCUCCACGUUCACAGCCUCAAGAAUGAUGAGGUUCUGCUGCUCAAAGACUCCCGCAGGCUGGCAGAGCACAAGGACGGCGGGCCUCAGUGUUGGGUAAAGGCCGUGUGCGUGCUGAGGCAUAACCCCAGCACCAGCGUAUACCCUCAGGCCAGUGUAGGAUCUUUGGUGGGUUUGCUGGGGUGCUACUUGGCAGGUGUCCGCUAUGCUUUGGAGCUUCAGGCUCUUCAGAGGGGCACAGCUGAGCCCAGCCAGCCGGAGGAAGAUGACACCAACCAGUCGGUCUCAUCAAUCGAGGACGACUUUGUCACGGCCCUGGAGCAUCUGGAGGAGGACGACACAGGAGACGGUCCCUCAGCGUCUUCCUAUCACCCUUUUAAAAAGCGCGAUGUGGCAUCACAGACAGUCCCGGCCCACAAGAGAAGAAAGGAAUUAUCAGGCUCCCGCGUUAUCAUGAGUUCAUCUUCAAAGUAUUCAGCCAAACAUAAGUCAGGUCCAGGUGUGUCUGUCACAGUGCAGAGGUCCUCAGGCGUGGAAUCUCAAUGGACCUACUGCAGUCCUGGAGCUUGUCUCCCCUCGCCACUGAUUCAUGUCAGUGAUUCAGAGGAUUCAGACUGCUCCAGCCCCAGCCCAAUCAUUUUCCUGGAUGAGGUUGGCUACCAGAAGAGCCUACUGGCCAAGCUGGACAUCCCUCAGGUGCCAGGGGGGCCCAGAGAGCGAGUUGAAGACUCAGACUCCGAAGUCAGUGAAUUCUUUGACAGUUUUGACCAGUUUGAUGACCUGGAUGAGCUGAGCUCAGAGAGCUGCACUCUCGCACUGCCUCUGGAUGCCAUCAGUGCCCCAGCCACACAGAAAAGGUCCACUGAGUCUAGCACCAGCGGGUCAGCAUCCAAAUAUGUUUCUAGGGGCUGCUCAACCAAGGGUAUGAACCCUCACCGCUUUGACCAUCCCACUCUCCCAGCCAAUGUGAAAAAACCCACUCCUCUGAAACCAGGCUCUCCCUACUCACUUCAUUCUGAGGUGCCUGACUCCCCUCGACCUGUGCAGACGCCCUCUGAGGAGAAUGGUGGCCCACUCUUUAGUCCUGUCAGCUCCUCAGCCUUCAGCCCGCUGGUAGACCCUGGUGGGACACUGGAAUACUUCUGGAAGACAGAUGGAGAUGGACGGGACAGUACAGAGCUACGUAAACCCCAGGAUCUCUGCUCUCUGUAUAAGACCUAUUCAGACUUUGCCAGCAGUCUGUCCAAAGAAAUUCUGGGAUCUGUGUGUGGCUAUCAGUCUGCCAUUGACAUCAGUGACAACAAGAAUCUCAGCUGUGUCUGCCACAAGGAAUUCAAGAACCCUUCGGGCUACCUGAUGAAGCUGUCAGAAAUACAGGAGACUGUAACAGUGGCCAAGCUGCAGAAGAAGUCUCAGUCUCUGAAGGAUGGCAUCCAGAGGUUUGCCACUGACCUGGUGGAAAUGAGCUUGGGGAGUGCCUUGCGAGACCUCCAAAAAGGUGUGUCCUCCUGUACCACCACCUUGUGUCACCUAGCUGCCAGGCUAACCUCCUCAGUGUUCCAGAUGGCCUUCCAUGAGAUUGGCAUGCGCCAUGCGUAUGUGUUGAAGGAACGAGCAAUCAAUGGAUUAGCUGGCUUCCUGGUUGGAGAGGCCGUGUCUGGGGCGCUGAAGGAGUUCCUGACAGUGAAAAAACAGAUUUUCCACAGCACAGUGACACGUUUUGCUGCUGAUUUGGCUGAAGAGCUGGUGUUUGAAGGCAUCAUGGAAGUUUGUCAGUUCUCACACCCCUCGACCCCUCUCACCCCUAGUGAUUGGUCCUUUGGCCACAGGCAAGAGGAAGAGGAAGAGGAGGAGGUGGUUUCCUCCUAUGCUUCAGACUUAUCAGAGUCUGUUAUACAGGAGGCCUUCAUAGAGCUCUCUCAGGCUGAUGUUGCUUUCACUAGCCAAGCAGCUAUUAGUGUGUCUCUGGACAACAUCUGUUAUGUCAGUGCAGAGGACACAAGCACUCAUACCUGUAGUACCUUUGCUAACCAGCAGGUUUUAAGUGCCAGCUCAGCUGGAGCAGUCCCAGGGCCCUCAGGAGAGGACGCUAGCUGCACAGUGAAGAAGGCCCUGUUCACUGUAUCAGGCAUGGCCAGUUGUAUCCCUGUGCCCCAAGCAGGCCAAGCCCUCUCCCACCUCCAGGACCCUGAGGAGACCUGUCAGUGUAAGUCUAGCUUGUCAAAUACCCCACAGGCCAGCCCCAAAAGAGUAAGUGAAUCUUCUUCUGACACCAUUACAUCUGCACAAACUCACCUUUACGGUCAUGAAACUCAGACUCCCAUACCUGGAGGAGACCCCUCCCAAGGAAAGUCCCCAUUCCAAAACUUCUCUGGCAACAUGGUGGAUAUGAUAGUAACUGAAGCUUGUGACCUAAUAACUGCCUCUAAGAUGAAGAAGAGUUUUGGUGACUGUGCUGAUUUCUUCACAAAGACAGUCGGAAGCCGAAGGGACUCUUCUUCUAAGCAGGAGACAGUUAAUUAUGAGGCUCCAGAUUCCCCUUCAAAGCAGGGGGCUGGCAGAGAGAGUUUUAGAUAUGACUGCAGUGAUUCUGGGUAUAUUAGCAAGGGUGGCCCUGAAGAGCAAGCAGCAGACUUUAGCGUUCCUCACAUUUCCUUUCAGACAGGAUCUCAGAGCCAGGGAAGAGCCAGCUGUGAGUUAGACCCCAGGACCAGAGGUGUGGCUGAAACCCAUCUUGUGAUGAUGGAUACUCUUGAUGUGCCGGGUAGCGAGAUGGGUGGACAAAGGAGGACAUCUGUUCCUGGGGAUAACUCAGGCCCAAGCUCUGGCCAAAAAUCUGGUGGGACUCCUGAAACUCCUCCUUCCACCCCUCAGCAGCCCAGUGAGGUGUCCAAAGAGAAACAGAUAAAACAGUUCUCCAAGAAGCUGAAAAGCAAGCUAGCUAAGGAAUUUUCCCCCGCUACCCCACCGCCCACCCCUCAUUAUCAGCCUGAGCCUGGCCCAGGGCCGAAAGACAUCACCCCUGAAGCAGACAAGGCUGAAUUUAUGCUCAAACUGAUGCGGUCUCUGUCUGAGGAAGCAGAUUGCAAUGAGGAUGAGGAGGAAGAAUUAGCAGAAGAGGGCAGUGUUGGUGGAACUAACAGGUGUUCAGAGACAGGCGGUGGCCGGCAUGAACUGAACCAGAUGUCCACUCGCAGAAUGUCCAACAAGGAAGCCCUCCACUACGCUGAGCGGUUGGCUUGUCACAUUGUCUCCAUGGCAACAGAGAUGGACACACUCGGAGUUGCAGAGGAGGAGGAAGAGAUGAGCAAGGGCAGCGAGAGGAGGAGAGACAGUGUGGCUCAGUUCUCAGAGCAGACCCUGAACACCUUGUGGGUUUAUGCUGGGGAGGUGGCAGGAGAGGUCAUCAAUGAUGUGAAGAGGAUGGUGAGCUCAGCCCAGCAGUGUCCAUAUCACAGAGCUCACAGAAGAAGAAGCUUUGACAGAUCUAGCUCUGAAUGUUUGCAUCACCACUACCAACACCAGUCUCAACCCAGCGCAGACCAGAACAAAGACUGGAGGGUAGGGAGGCUGGCUGAGCAAUGGUCUAAUGACCUGAUAGCCUCUGUCUUCCGGUCUCCCACCUCCACAUCAAGUACCAUCUCCAGCUCCACCUCUGGCCUGACCUCCGAGUAUCCCAGCUGUGAGAGUGUGACGGAUGAAUAUGCUGGCUACCUCAUCAGGGUACUGAAAAAAGAGGGAGGCAGUAGGGAGUUGGUCCUAGACCAGUAUGCGAGCCGUUUGGCCUACCGCUCCAUAAAACUAGGCUUGGCUCAUGCUAGUCGCAAGAUCAAGCACAGAUCCUCCAGCAGCCACCUUCACUCCUCCAAGUCGCUGCCAGAUGAAUGGAAAGCUUCUAGUAGUGAGGCCUCGUCACCCAAGGACAGAGUAGAGUCAGGGGAGGAUGCUCAGUGUUGUUGCAGGGACUCUGAAGAGCAGAGUCAGAGGGAGUACAUGGACCUGUUAAACUUUGCAGAGUCUUUAGCUUACAACAUCACUUGUGAUGUAACACGCAAGCUGCGUCUUUCCUCUGUACGGCUGCCCAAGUCUCUGACUGACUCCUGUCUUUAUAAGAAAUCCAAAUUUGAAGACAUGGCAGAGAAUCUCAUCAGGAACUCCUUCUCUUGCCCCCUGUUGUCCAAGGAGGGUAAGAGCAAGCAUUACCACAGCACAGGAAGCCUGUAUGAUGGAGGCUACAGGAGUAGGGCUAUGCAGGUCAUCGAGCAUUACGCCAGGAAAAUAGUUAAUGAUACUCUGAAGAUGAGCCUGGCUUCAGUUGGACAUUCAUCCCGGGAGCACCAGAGGACCCAAGGUCAUGACAGACACACUCACACCCAGAGGUUGUCUGAGGUGCCGUCACCGGGCCAAGCCCUGGGAGAGAGGACAUGCCGUUAUUGUCAGGUCCAGGAGUGCCCGUACUGCACCAAACUCAGCAGGCACCACCACCAGCCUGUAUUACAGAGGAGGAAAAGAGGGCCUGAAUGUCACUCAAGGGCUGAGAGGCUUUCUAGCUUAGAGAUUCCCAAGAUCCACAUUGACCUUGACCACAGGGCAAUGUUUGCAGAGGAGAUGGUGUCCAUGGCAAUGGAGACAGCUAAACGUGAGCUGAGCAACACCAGCCUUAAUGCCGACAGUGGCAUCGGCCAUGACGGAACCAGCUACGCUGAGAGCCUCACAGCUGAGAUCAUGACUUCAGCCCUGUCCAACAUCUGUCAGGCUGCCAGCAUCAGCUGUCCAGGUAGGGAAGCCACUGAGUCCUCUGUGUCCCAGCAGCUGAGUGUAGGAGAUGACAGCCUGGGCAGCUGGUCUAACCUGAGCUUUGAGGAUGAGCACCCAGACGACAACAGCAGCUUCCUUCACCUCAGUGACAGCAGCAAUGGGAACAGCAGUAGCUGGAGCAGUCUGGGCCUGGAGGGGGAAGCCUGUGAGGAGCGGAUGUCAUUCUCUCCUUCUGACAGUGACAAUACAGAGGACAAGGAGACUGAAGUCAAAGAGGAAUCCAGCGGGACUCUCUGUGUGGACAGGACUCAGGUGCAGGUUCCCAGGAUUGCACUGGUCAUGCUGAACUCGGACGUCAGGGAGGCCCGGGCGCGCCCCCAUCACGUGAGCCUGGACUCUCAGCUCAGGACCAUGCUGCAGUGGGUGGCGGCCUCCAUGGCCGACGUUCCCCUGAUCCAGCUGAGUCUCGACAGAGAGCUCCAGCAGCUGCCAGCAGUGGUCCAAAGACUUCGGGAGAGGAAGUGGAGGGUGGGCGAGCUGCUGCACUCGCUUCUGCGCUACUGUGAAGAGAGUCAGACACACAGUCAGUCCCAGGCCAGAGAGGAGGCCCUCCAGGCGGGCAGAGACCUUCACCGCAUCCCCCUCUUCCAGUGGCUUCUGGAGCACGCCUAGGGCCUCUCCUUUUUUCUUUUCUCCUCCUCUCCUCUCCUCUCUAUCAUCUUUUAUCAAUUCAUUUAUUUAUCGGGCUGCAUAUAUCACACGUGUUGAUUUAGUGAGCUGUCUCUCCUGCCCGCCUACACUCUGAAUUAAAACCCUCACACCUUGCUGCUGUUGUGCUUGAGCUACAGAAAGAAAAGGAGAGGAGAGAAAGACUCAUCCCAUCUGUUCCAGACAGAGACAGAAAUGCAUUUGAGAGAAAGAGAAUGUGUUUUUUGUUAGGGAAUCCCCAUAGCGUUUGGGCGGAUGAUGUCAUCACACCCACAGCUCACCUCUGUGGUGGUGUUUCCACAUGUUAAGAGACCAACUGUGCGCACACAUUCACACACCACACCCUUGUAUUAUCACAGGGAAUCCAAGACACUCGCUGACAUCCAUCACAGCUGUCCCCCCAUAGUAUGAAUCCACUCACAGUGACUCUGCUUGUCAUUCACAUUUUCUUCCAGUGAAGUGUUUUUUCUCUGGACCACUGGAUGAGUUAAUGCUGGUAUAAUGACUUGUCACAUUUAACAAAUAUGCUGCCAUACGUACAGUUUGAGACGUCACUGUUAAAGUUGUAUAACCCAUAUCUUCAGUAAAUUGUACUACACUGUCAUUUUGCAUUGAUGAUCAAAUGGGGCCAUUUAUUUGGCAGUACAGUGAUAGAUAGUGCUUGAUGAAGCCGCCUCUUGCCAGUAUUGGUGUUCCUGUUGUAUCUAAUACUGUAGCACUGCUUGCCUAGCCUCAAUCUCCUCGGUUGUCAAACUUAGUAAAAUACUUAGAGUGGAUGAUUUUCACUGGGGCGAUGGGUAUUAAAAAAAAGAUAUAUAAAAGUCUAUUUUUUGAAGGUAGAGUAUGUCUACUGAAACAUGAAAUGCUGCUCAAAGCUAUGAAACAAGCCAUGAUUAUUGGCUUAAUGUUGCCAAACGUAGCUCAUAAGGUGACUCCCUUCCCUCUAGCCGGUAGCGUAUGAUGGAUCCUCCGGUCAUCUGUGCCAGUGGCCCACGUCCAGUUUUGGGGAAGAUCCAAUGACGCAGAUAGUGGAUCUUUUAGUAAUUAAAGACACCCCGCCGGUUUGCAACUCCAAAACCACAAUCUACCAGUCUGUACAUUGCUCAAGCCUGGACUCACACAUCUCGUCACCCCCACCCCACAGUCACCUUGUGGAAUGAACAACUCUAAAAUACCACAACUCCCCCCCCCACACACACACACACCCUUGUUACUCACCAGCCCCCAUGUGUACGUCCACAUGCACAGCACGACCAGCUACUUGCUGAGAUGCACUUUUUUUUGAGAGAGAGGAGAGAGACCGGGCAUUUCCAGCCCUGCCCUCAGACCUCUCCUGGCAUCCUCUGUGAUUUUCCUCCUUGGCAUGGAUGGUCAGUUACAUGCACAUCCGCCUCCUCCCCUAAAAAAAAAAAAAAAAAAAAAAAUGAUUGGGAUAAAUUUUGAUGUUGCGAUUUAUUUAUUGUUGUAUUUAAGUGAGGGACCUAAGGAUGACACGAUGCUGCAAGGUCCUCAAGUUUCUAUCAGGACUUCCUUCGUGAGUUUGAAACACUGUAACAUACCACAGCCUCGCGUCCAAUAUUAUAAACUGUAUAAAAGUGUUGAUGGUGGUGUUCACCUGCAUGGCUUAAAUCCUUAUUGACUUUUGAAGCUAAAGUUCAACAUUAUUCUUCUUAAUGUAUUGGCCUACACUAAUUGAGCUACAGUGAUUGGUCUGCGUCCACACUGCCUCACAGUAUGCUAUAGGUCUCUGCAGAUGCCUUGUCUGUUACUGCUUAAUCUCUAGGCUGCCAAAUGGUCAUAUAAUCUUAAAGGUGUUUGUCCUGUAUGAUUUGUUUACACACAAAAACCAUUAUAUCACAAAAAUCCACUAUUUUUUAAAAGAAAUCCAGUGAUAUAACCCAAAGUUAUACCUACUAUUAUUAUGAAUAAUAGUAGAAAAGAAAAGAGUGAAGUAUUAACCUGAAGUGAGAGAGUGCAUAUAUCUUGGUUUACAUUGAAGGAAUGUAUUCAUGAGUUGACACAUGAAGAGUGCAUCAGUGUACAAAUUCUCCCCCAGUGUGAAUGUUUAGUUAUUGAAGCAGGGUUUUUCCCCCAUUGCCCCCCCUCUCCUGUUCUUUCUUUAUCUACUUUACAUUCCUGUGCAUCCCCAUUGACCUAUCGCGCUAUAUUGUUGUUUGUGAAAGCUGAAUGUGUACCUGUAAAGACAGACAAAGACAUUUAGAAGCAGAUACUGUAAAUCUGUUUUGCUACUGUUGUUCCCAGUGUUACGUCCUGCCUCCUUCCGUCCGGACACAGGCAGGACAAUUGAAAAUGAAAAAAAAAAAGGGGUGUACCUCCUCACCUCCACUAACUUAUGUAUUUUUCCUUGCUUCCUUGUAAAAUCCUGCCAAACAAAGAUAUUUAAUAAAUUAUGUAAGUUAUAUAACAGUGAGUUCACUACUUGUUCUCCCUAGUGGCAUUGUUAAAUAGUUUACACAUUCUAAGCUUGAAGUCAAAAACUCUAAAUUUGUUUAUGUUAAAGCUUGGUGUGACAAUAAAGCUUUUUCAUGUGCUCUUA